AUGGCUGACUUCAUUCCGAUUGGCAUGCAGGGGUGCAACAUGGAGGGCUGGGCCCAUCCCAGUGAGGGCGACAGGGCACUACAGUACGACUUGGACGGUGUGCUCAGCGACACAGUCGACUGGUUCACUGACCCGAAUGUGGGUAUUCCCACU